AGAUGACACUAGAUAAAAAGUACAAAACUAUCAUAGUUAAAAGUUCCGCAGAAGGUUUCCUUUUCAUUCUCAGCAUAUGCUUCUAGAAAUACUUGCUAAUGAAAGAUAAACUACCUGAUAUUUCAUAGUUCUGAGGAUAAUCAUGACAAUAUAAUCCGAAAAUGAGAUGGACAAUUCUAUUUUCAAGACACAUAGUUCCCUUUAAAAUUUAUUUUACCAGAGUAUAUUGGGUAAAAUAGGAUGGACAAAUUACUAUAAAGGAUGUAAAAUGAUGUUGAGUUGAACUUUCUCCAUCAUCUAUGUAAUUGCCCUUUCGGGCCUUUUCAUUAAAAUGAAAUAGUCGGAGAAAAAAAAAUCUGUCUGAAACAAGGGAAAGAGUUUCGUUGAUUCAAAGUACUUUACAGUCAAGUCAAACCUACAAAGUUGCGUUCCAGCUUCCAGGUUUAUGAAUUGAUGAUUUAGGUCAGGAAUGGCUCUUUAUUGAGGCUGAGUCUUGUCUAUUGAGUUAUUUUGUGGAUAAGACUCUCUAUCUCUCUCUCACCAAUUAUGGGUGGAAGCGUCACAAGAUUGGUGUUUGCUGCUUUGUUGUGUCUGUUAAUGUUAUUGCAUCCCAAGGAAAGUACUGCAUCGUCAUCAUCGAGUCCAUGUCAGUCUGAUCACUUUACCUACACAAAGCCGAGUUUGUUCGCAAUAAACGGAGAUCCAGUGCACAUAGUUCGCUUUUGCGAAGCCGUACAGAUUCAUAAAGCCAAAGGUUGUGUCUUUGGGGACUCUUUUAUAGACGACUUCUGCACGGUUCACCAUCUACUAGGGAGAAGGUUUUUGAAAGAAAAAUAUGUAGAAGAAGAUUCUGGUGAAUCUGAAAAUAGCCAUGUUCAAGUAAGCUUGGCAGCAAGUGGGUUUCUUCUAUUCUGCUGUGCGAUUUGUUGUCCUUGCUUCCACAAAGAGAGGAAAGCAAAUAGUCACGAAGUACUACCCAAAGAAUCUAACUCAGUGCACCAAGGUUCGUCGUUUGAAAUGAGCCCUUCAUCUGAUAUGAUUUCGUCUAGUUCAUCCCGGGUACCUGAAAGCCCAUCAAGAUAUGCUAUGUCCCCGAGGCCUAGUGCUAGGAUGGGACCCUUGAAUCUGACCAUGAGUCAAAUUAUUGCAGCAACCGAUAAUUUUUCAGACAGUAACCAAAUUGGUGAAGGAGGCUUUGGUAUAGUCUACAAGGGCACUCUAGAGGACGGUCAGGUCGUUGCCAUUAAACGAGCCAAAAAGGAACACUUUGAGAAUCUGCGGAAGGAAUUCAAAAGUGAAGUUGAUCUUUUGUCGAAAAUAGGUCAUCGGAACCUAGUGAAGCUACUUGGUUAUGUUGAUAAAGGAGACGAGCGACUUAUCAUAACCGAGUACGUCGGAAAUGGUACACUACGGGAUCACUUGGAUGGUACUAACGGAAGCAUUCUCAAUUUCAAUCAAAGGUUGGAGAUCGUGAUUGAUGUUUGCCAUGGAUUGACAUAUCUCCAUUCUUAUGCAGAAAGACAGAUAAUUCACCGUGACAUAAAAUCGUCCAACAUUAUCCUCACGACGGGGAUGAGAGCCAAAGUGGCAGACUUUGGGUUUGCGAGAGGCGGUCCUACGGACUCUAACCAAACCCACAUAUUGACACAAGUGAAAGGAACAGUUGGUUAUCUCGACCCGGAGUACAUGAGGACUUAUCAACUCACUGCCAAAAGCGAUGUUUUCUCCUUCGGGAUUUUGGUUGUGGAGAUACUCACUGGCCGUCGUCCGGUAGAGGCCAGACGACCUCAUGAUGAGAGGAUUACGGUUCGAUGGGCAUUUGAGAAAUACAAUGAGGGCAAAGUGUUUGAGUUGGUGGAUCCAAACGCGAGGGAUCGAGUAGACGAGAAGAUACUGAAGAAGAUGUUCAGUUUGGCUUUUCAGUGUGCUGCUCCGACACGGAAAGAGCGACCGGACAUGGAAGCUGUCGGGAAGCAGCUUUGGGCUAUAAGAUCCAGUUAUCUUAGGCGGUCGGUGGAACAGAAAUAAAUAAAUUGCUUUUCACACGUACACAACUUGCUAGUCUCUCUGUUAUUACAUAAUACUGAUUCUUUCUCAUUUGAGGAUUUUAUUUGAUUUGAAAUGAGAUACCUAUAAGAUUCUCUCGCACAAGCUCAAGAGCAAAUAUUUUUUUUUUAA